CCUGACACAAAGCUUUCGUACAAACUCGCCACCAUCUCCCGCCUUCUUAGUUUCCCCAGUCGUUUCCAGUAGGUCUAAUUCGAAUUUUUGUUCUCCAUUCUUACACAAAUCACAAACGCUCCUCAUGCUUCCCUAACUCGUUGUCACCUUUGUCCCAAAGCCAUGACCUUACACACCAACAACAAUGCCAUCCCUCACUCCCAACUCCCUCGCCUCCCUUCUCCAAUCCGCCGUCUCCACUCGCUCUUCUCUUCUGGGCCGAGCCGCCCACGCCCAUAUCAUCAGAACCCUCCAACCCCCACACCCCUCCUUCCUCUCCAACCACCUCGUCAACAUGUACGCCAAACUCGACCUCCCCAUCUCCGCCCACCUCGUCCUCCGUCUCACCCCCUCUCCCUCCGUCGUCACCUGGACCGCCCUCAUCGCCGGACUCGUCCACAACCGUCAUUUCGCCUCCGCUCUCCUCCACUUUGCUAACAUGCGCCGCGACUCCGUCCGCCCCAACGACUUCACCUUCCCCUGCGCCUUCAAGGCCUCCGGCUUGCUUCGUCUCCCGGUGGUCGGAAAACAGGUGCAUGCCCUCGCCGUCAAGGCGGGGCAGAUAUGUGAUGUCUUUGUUGGGUGCAGUGCUUUUGAUAUGUACUGCAAAACUGGGCUGAGAGACGAUGCGGGGAAAAUGUUUGAUGAAAUGCCUGAGAGAAACCUUGCUACUUGGAAUGCCUACAUUUCGAAUGCGGUGCUUGACCGGCGGCCGGUGAGUGCUGUAAACAAGUUUAUUGAGUUUGUGAGGGCGGGUGGGGAGCCGAAUUCGAUAACCUUCUGUGCAUUUCUCAAUGCCUGUUCGGAUACGUCGGCUUUGGAACUUGGGAGGCAGUUACAUGGGUUUGUGGUGCGAUGUGGGUAUGGGAAAGAUGUGUCAGUGCUCAAUGGGCUUGUGGAUUUUUAUGGGAAGUGUCGGGAUGCUGGGUCGUCUAAGAUGGUUUUCGAUAGAAUUGGUGAGGCUAAUCAUGUCUCUUGGUGCUCCAUGGUGGCUGCUUAUGUGCAAAACUAUGAGGAGGAGAAGGCUUGUGAGUUGUUUUUGCGGGCUAGGAGAGAAGGGGUUGAGCUGACGGAUUUCAUGGUUUCGAGUGUUUUGAGUGCUUGUUCUGGACUCGCGUGGCUUGAACAGGGUAGGUCAGUUCAUGCGCUUGCGGUGAAGGCUUGUGUGGACGGAAAUGUCUUUGUUGGGAGUGCACUCGUUGACAUGUAUGGAAAAUGUGGGAGUAUAGAAGAUGCCGAGUGUGCAUUUGAUGCGAUGCCUUCAAGGAACCUGAUCAGUUGGAAUGCGAUGGUGGGUGGGUAUACGCAUCAAGGACAUGCCGACAUGGCUCUGGCAUUGUUUGAGGAGAUGAGUGCGGGAAGCCAUGAGGUUAAACCGAAUUAUGUCACAUUGGUGUGUGUAUUGUCAGCAUGUAGUAGGGCGGGGGCUGUUCAAAAGGGCAUGCAGAUCUUUGAUUCAAUGAAACAAAGGUAUGGUGUUGAACCAGGGGCAGAGCAUUAUGCAUGUGUUGUGGACUUGCUAGGGCGAGCUGGGAUGGUAGAGCGCGCUUACGAGUUUAUUACAAAGAUGCCAAUUAAUCCAACAAUUUCCAUUUGGGGUGCUCUUCUUGGGGCUUGUAAAAUGUAUAGGAAGCCAGAAUUGGGGAAGAUUGCGGCUCACAAGUUAUUUGAACUUGAUCCUAAAGACUCUGGCAACCAUGUGGUGCUUUCUAAUUUGCUUGCAGCAACUGGCAGGUGGGAAGAAGCCACUCUUGUGAGAAAGGAGAUGAAAGAUGUUGGCAUAAAAAAGGGUGCAGGCUACAGUUGGAUCGCAGUCAAGAAUGCAGUCCACAUCUUCCAAGCAAAGGACGCCUCCCAUGAAAUGAAUUCUGAAAUUCAGGCAAUGCUGACCUAUUUAAGGAGGAAAAUGCAGGAAGCUGGGUACGUUCCAGAUACAAAUUUUGCUCUGUUUGAUUUAGAAGAAGAAGAGAAAGUAUCGGAAGUUUGGUACCACAGCGAGAAGAUUGCCCUUGCCUUUGGCCUCAUAUCUAUCCCUUCUGGGUUGCCUAUAAGGAUUAACAAAAACCUUAGGAUCUGUGGAGAUUGCCAUGGUGCAAUCAAAUUCAUAUCAGGUAUUGUAGACAGAGAAAUUAUUGUCAGGGAUAACAAUCGUUUUCAUUGCUUUAGAGAUGGCCGUUGCUCCUGUAGAGAUUAUUGGUGAUUAAUGUAUAAGAUUGCUUAACUUAAUUUUAGUGCAUCCAAAUCACAUGCUGCGAUAAGAUUCAACAAUAUUACUCUAUAUGGUGUGUUUGGAUGGGGAAUGAGUGUCUGGAAUUCAAUU